UAACACUCGCUAUACGCACGCGCACCGCCAUUGAAUUCGCAAGACAUUAAAAUGCCGUCCGACAACUUGGAAGAGCAAGGGCUGGAAAAGAACCCAGAUUUAAGUCUUGCUCAGUUGAAAUUUCUUCUCACAUUAGACGAGUUCAAAAAUGAUGCUAACUCGAAGGAAGCGAAAUCUCUCAUGGAUGGUAUCAAACGUAACAACAUGGCCCCAUACUAUGAAGAGGUUUGUAAAGAGCUGAACUGGAAGCCCGAUGCUGCCCUCCUGAAGAAGAUGAAAGAGGUCAAUGCUGAGGAGCUGAAGAAACUAGAUGCUACUCUUGAAGAUGCAGAACAAAACCUGGGAGAGACAGAGGUCCGAGAUGCCUUCUUGAGAAAAGCAGAGCACCUGUGUCGCAUUGGAGAAAAAGAGGCUUGUCUGACAGCGUUCCGAAAAGCGUUUGAUAAAACCAUAGCUCUGGGUCACCGGCUUGACAUCAUAUUCCACCUGAUAAGAGUUGGCCUGUUCUGGCUAGACAAUGACCUCAUCAUUCGGAAUAUUGACAAGGCAAAAGAUAUGAUCGAUGAAGGUGGUGAUUGGGACAGAAGAAAUCGUCUCAAAGUGUACCAAGGAAUCUAUAAGAUGUCGGUGCGAGACUUUAAGAGCGCUGCCACGUUCUUCUUGGAUACAGUCUCAACGUUCACAUCCUACGAAUUGAUGGACUAUUCUGAGUUUGUUGCUGGCACUGUCCUGGUCUCCAUGAUAUCCCUUGAUAGAACAGAGCUUCGCAAAAAGGUUGUCAAAGGAGCAGAGAUCCUUGAAAUUCUUCACGGGUUGCCAGAAAUAAGAAAUUUCUUGUUCUCACUGUACAAUUGUCACUAUGCAGAGUUCUUCAAAUUACUAGCCGUCGUAGAGAACAAAUUAAGACUGGACCGCCUGAUGAGACCCCACUACUCCUACUAUGUGAGAGAGAUGCGCAUUCUCGCCUAUACUCAACUCUUGGAGUCGUACCAGAGCUUAACCCUUCAAUACAUGGCAGAUGCAUUCGGCGUGUCGAUUGACUUCAUUGACCAGGAGCUGUCACGCUUUAUCGCUGCAGGCCGAUUACAUUGUAAGAUUGACAAAGUUGGCGGAAUAGUUGAAACCAAUCGACCAGACAGCAAAAAUUACCAGUAUCAGGCCACCAUCAAACAAGGAGACAUCUUACUGAACAGGGUGCAGAAACUCAGUCGGGUUAUAAACAUCUAAAGAUGAAACUGUUCUGUAUUUUCACCGUUAGUCUCUGUAUGUGUUGACCCAAAUAACUGCAAUAGAACGUAUUGAAUAUGAUGUCACCGUUCAAAUAUCUGCCCUACAAAAUGGCGUCUGUGCGCGUGUGCGUGGAGGUGUGCUAACCGGGAAUGCUGCGUACAUCGCUGAUAUACGCGUUUGGACGCGCAUACGGCUUGACCUACAAGAUGGCGACUUUCAAAGCAAAAAAGGGGUUAUUCAAUACGGUCUAUAUAAUAAUAUAGGAAAGAAGUCUCGUGCAUACCUUGCAAGGCUUUUGCUCCUAACUUUUAGUGACUAGCCAGCAGGAGUCCUGCAGGACCAGUUAAAUGUGUACAUGUAGCUGGUUUUGUUCACUUUGUUGAACCUGAAUUUGUGUUAAUCUAUCGAUUUUGAGGAAAUUACAAGGCCAAAGUUAAACUUGUCAAAGGUUGUACAAGUUCUGGCAGAAAUGGGCAACUAUUUCAGGUUAUUUUUGUAAUGUUUCUAUAGAUGAGGCUCUUUAAGCCUCAACAUUCCUCACUAUGUUAAAUUGUGUUAAAUAUGAACCCCAAACUGUUGACUUAUUCUUUAGCAACCAAUAGGGUUGUUACUCAUGACUGAGGCACAGGGUGAGAUCUGGGCGGGCAGCUUUGCCAGUUCUAAUUUAAACAAUGAAGCUUUGUUUUUAAGAGAUUGAAGCAUCAGGGAUAAAUGGCUGUAUGGAUGAUGCGACUCACAGGAUGGUUACCAAAAUGAACCCACUGGGUCAAAGUUCACGAGGCACAAACUGUACGUGCUUCAUGAUAGAAUCAAUCUUGUUUUUUGGGGUGUGGAAACCAUUAUAUGUACAGCAUCAUCAGUUUCAUCGGUUGAAAUGACAUCAUCAAUUGAAUAUGACGUCAUCAAUUGAAAAAUGACAUCAUCAAUUGAAAUGACAUCAUCCAUCAUCAAUUGAAAUGACAUCAUCAAUUGAAAUGACAUCAUCAAUUGAAAUGACAUCAUCAAUUGAAAAUGACGUCAUCAAUUGAAAAUGACGUCAUCAAUUGAAAAAUGACAUCAUCAAUUGAAAAAUGACAUCAUCAAUUGAAAUGACAUUGAAAGGAUAAUGAUUCCUCUUUGAAGUGGGCGUAGAUCACUCUACUUUGCUUUUAUUUAUCUGCAAAGUUCUGUUUACCUCCUUUAUGUGAAUUGUAAUAAAAAGAGAGAACAUUCAACUGUUUAA